AUGCAGUCGAAAAUGGAAUGGAGAAAGAGAUAUAUAAAGUUGGAAUUUAGGGAUAAAAUCGAAAGUGUACAGUUAGGUCUCAAACGAAUUGUCUCUGAUCUUCCCCUGGGUCUAGCAGUGGUUGAUGAAAACCGUGAUUUGUUCUUCCUUAGUUCGAUGCCGAUUCGUAACCUGGAAAAGGGGGCGGAGGCUGGCUUGCAUCAAUACCCGCCAUGCCCCGAACUGGUCUUGACUUUACCCUUCCUCAGUGCCAGGCGGAUUGGAAUGCGAAUGACUGAACGAAUUCAUUAG